UUCAAGUGUGAAAUAUUGGUGACAAAGUUACAAAGUUAUUUUCAGACACAUUACAAACAAGCCCUUUAUUCUAACAGCAUCUGUUUAAUAUGGCAUAUGAGCAAUUAGUGAGAAUAGCAAUGUACAAUAUUGUAAAUCGAUAGUAAAUGCAUUUGUCUUUUUACACUAUUUGUGACAUCACACCCAUAUGUGCUUGUUGAACAUCUUAAUCAAUAUUUAGGUCACCCUCUGCUGUUAUAAUAGCUUCCAUUCUUCUUUUCUCUACAUUUUGGAAUGCAGAUUUAGGGAUUUACCCAUUCAGCCAUAAGAGUAUUAGUGAACUUUGGUACUGGUGUUAAGUCGGGUCUGGCACACAGCUGUCAUUCCAGUUUAUUCAACAGAGAGGUGUUCAGAUCAGGGCCAGAGUUCUUCACUGAGAAACCAUGUCUUCAUGGACCUCACUUUGUGUGCUGGGGAACCGUCAAGCUGGAACAUUUUUGGGUUCCUUCCAGUGAAGGAAAAUCUUAAUUUUACAGCAGAAUUUCAAUUUUGUGGCAACAGUUUGGGGGGGAUUAAUCUAAUAAAAAGGAGAGGCAGAAUCACCACUCAGUGUCUUCCUCAGAUACUGAAGUGAAAGCAACAGAGGAGCAGAAUUCAGCACUGCAUCAAAACACAGAAUGACGGCGCGCUAUGAUUGUCACUACUGCAAGGAUUCCUUGUUUGGGAAGAAAUAUGUCCAGCGAGAGGAGAACCCCUACUGUGUGAAGUGCUACAACAGCCUUUACUCAAACACCUGUGAGGAGUGCAAGAAACCAAUUGGCUGUGACAGCAGGGAUCUUUCCUACAAGGACCGCCACUGGCACAGUGACUGCUUCCAAUGCUUCAAGUGUAGAUGCUCCAUAGCAGACAAGCCAUUCACAACCAAGGACGAGCAGCUGCUCUGCACUGAGUGCUACGCCAACGAAUAUUCAUCAAAGUGCUACGAGUGCAAGAAGACUAUCAUGCCUGGUUCUCAGAAAAUGGAGCACAAGGGCAACAGCUGGCAUGAGACCUGCUUUACCUGUAAGCGUUGCCAGCAGCUUAUUGGCACCAAGAGCUUCAUCCCAAAUGACAACAGCAACUACUGUGUGCCCUGCUACGAGAAGCAGUUUGCCUUGCAGUGUGUGCAGUGCAAAAAGCCAAUCACCACUGGAGGUGUGACCUACCAUGAGCAGCCAUGGCAUAAAGAUUGCUUCCUGUGCACAGGCUGCAAAGAGCAGUUGGCUGGCCAGCGCUUUACCUCUCAGGAUGGCUUCCCUUACUGCCUCACCUGUUACUGCAACCUUUAUGCUAAGAAGUGUGCCUUUUGUACCAGCCCUAUCAGUGGUCUGGGUGGCAGCAAGUACAUCUCCUACGAAGAGCGCCAGUGGCACCAUGACUGCUUUAACUGCACAAAGUGCGCCGUGUCCUUGGUAGGGCGUGGAUUCCUGACCGAGAGGGACAGCAUCCUGUGUCCCGAAUGUGGCAAAAACAUCUGAACACUGACUAUCUGAGUCGAAAAGCAGCUGAAGGCAUGAGAUAAUAGGCAUCUGAUGUCAUGCGGCUAUUGUAAUCUAACCAACUUUUUUUCUGACUUUUCACUGACAUAUCUUAACUGCUUUGAGUGAUUCAUAUGUGUAUUAUUUUUAACUAUAUACCUGUGUUGUUGCAUCAUUAUAAUAAUAACAAUAUAUAGCACAAAAACCCAUGAGGCUGCUACUACCAAAAUAGUAUAUGUUUUGCAAACGUAGUAGGAGUAUUCUGAUUUAAGAUUUGCAUAUUAUUUUACACAUAACACUGGAAUGGACUAAUAGCAUCAUUUUCUGAUUGUUAAUCUACAAAUCUGAGCAGUGUCUAUAUGUUAAGGCAGUUAAAUUUGAUAAAUUAAUGAAUAAAAUUGUCAAAAAUG